AUGGAGCUAUCCGGAGGCUCAUCAACGACCGAGUUCAAGUUCCGGAGGCCAGGGUCACCUCGAGCGGGAACGCAAACACUCCGUUUCGGUACUGGCCUCGAUGGAUGUUUUACUAGGACGAGGGGCUUCUUAGGCGGUCGAGAAACGCAUCAAACCCACGUCACCACCCGCAGCAAUGCAAAGGAAAGCUCAGGCCAACGCCUGCCAGCGCCUCUAGAGGCAUGGGAGAUGGUCCAUGAGAGCCUGCCACGGUUACUUCGAGCAGGACGAGUGCGCCAAGCUGUCGACGCUUUGGGCGAGCGCACGGCCGGGGGGGGUGACGCAUGGUGUGGCCUCGAACAGCGUCAUCUGACCCGAGCGGCGCUGGUGCUAAGUGCGUUGGCCCACGCAUACAUGUUCGGCAAGGAGCAAACCAAAGGCAAAAGCAAAGAGGAAAACGGACGGUACCAGCUACCACGUCAUCUUCUCGAUGCAUGGGAUAAGGUACCUGCCGAUGACGUUCUCAACAACGCCGUGGGCAACAGUUCCUUUAGCUUGAGGAGUGUCUACUUUGGCCUCCCCGAGGAGCGGCUUUCCUCGGGGCUCCAGGGCACGAUAGAGUCCGUUUUUGCACCUGCUCUCUCCGCUAUGGCGCUCGCGAAGAGCGGCGUGCUGGCCGACCAACCCGACCUGGUCACGCAUUGCCUGGAGAGUCUAUCGGCGCGCAUAGUAGAGUGUGCUCAUUUGUUUGAUGUUAUGACCCCGCGCGACACGGCGCACUUUGACCCCGUCAUCUGGAUCAAGACGUAUCCUGCCAUGGGCCGCCCGGUUACCCCCGGCGAGCUGGGGAACAGUGGCGUCGAUGCACCGAUUUUUCAUGCACUGGACGCCUUCAUCGGCCGCCGUAAUGUCAAGGGUGACCUGAAAGACAUGCAGAGCGAUCGACGGGCCACGCUGCCGGCUAACAUUCGCGCCUUCUUGGAUGCCCUUGGUGAUAGGGCUGGAGGCGUCAGGGACUACAUCGCUACUGCCCAUGCUCGACAACGCCAUCUGCCCUCUGAACAGCAGUCACAAUAUCAGCGUCUCUCGGCAGCAUGGGAUGGGCUUUUGCAAAUAUACGUCUGGUUUCUCGAGCGGCACCGCGUUAAGGCUGUUGGUGUCACGGGCGUGAGCCUGGGUACGGGGCGACACUCGACGAGCAGCGGCGUCAAGAGCAGCGACCAGGCCAAAGGCGCGGCAGCAGGGAAACCGAAAAUGCGGCCCGAGACCAUGCUGAGCAUGCAAAUGAAGAUGGGCAUGGCAUCACGGCUGGCCGGGCGGCCGCUGUGGCAGGACGCGCGCGUGCAGUCUCAAACCAAAUACCAGGGCAGCGUCGUGGUCACGGUGAGAUUGGAUGCGAAUUUGCCGCUCGAGCCUGGCGACCGAGUGCAAAUCUGGCCGCCAAUGAAGAGGAAGAAGGUCAGAAGAACAUGUUCGCACAAGAGACAGUUGCGAACCCCCUCCCCGGAAGAUCAUGAUGCGUCGCCAGAGUACGAGAGUGACGAUGAAGCGGAACCCGAACCGAGAUUCUACUCCAUCGCUCAUGUUAAUCCAGACGUGGAAGAGGAGGCGACAGUCUCAGGAAGAAGAGGAGGCAUGACCAUCACUCUGACAGUCGGUCAACACACACCCGAGGGACUGGUCUCUUCCUUUCUUAGCACUGCCGCUCAAGGCACACAUCUGCGUCUUCGUCCUUGGCCUUCUCUUCGUUUCCGCCAGCCACGAAACAUGGCCGUGCCGCUGGUGUUGAUCGGUCAGGGCAGCGGUGUCGGCCCCCUGUUGGGCUUCCUACACGACCGGGCGACUUGGAAACAGCGGCUCGGUGAUACCCAAGACAAUAUCGAAUACCGGGACAUUGUCCACCAGCUCGUCAAGAAUAAGGGUGGCCACGUCUUUGUCUGCGGCAGUUCCGACUUUGGGGAAACGGUGAUGAGCAGUCUUGGACUGGGCCAACCGCAACAGCAGCAGCAAAAACAAGCACAGGACGUAAAUGACGAAUCCUAUGACGACAACCGCACAGAAAUACUCCCUCCCUCAGCAUAUUGGAACCAACUGCACCAUGAUCUCUUCGCCAAGGUAGAAAUACCUUCUAUCUCACGGUCCUCUUGCUGCUCCUCUUCGCCCCCACCAAGCCCAAAAAUCCCCAUCAUCAGCCCCGCCACCCUUGCCGCCCACAACUCUAUGACCUCGUGCUGGACUGCCAUCGGCGGAACAGUCUACGACAUGACGUCCUUCCUGACCACCCACCCAGGUGGGCCCAAAACGAUCCUCGAGUCAGCAGGCACUGUCGCCGACGCGCGCUUUGCCGAAACACACGGCGGGCCGCACGCCCAGGAGAUCAGGGGCUAUCUCAGGAGUUAUGCUAUCGGCCGUCUGUCCACGGCUACAGCAGACUCUGCAUCCCAGAUGACCUGGGCAAAACUCAUCAAUGCCCUGGUAAGGAUGCAAAACACGCUCACCAAUAAUAGCGCCUUUGACGCAAGCCGUGGACCGGUGCCCCUGUACGUGUACGAGGAUGCCCUGCUCGUGUUUGCUGAUGGCCUAGACGGGAUCGCGGACAUUCUGUCAGACGUUUCCGAUGACAAUUCCUUGUCGGAGCUCAGAGAAACGGUGGUAAAUACGCAGGCGUUAUUGAGAAAGGCUUUCGUGGUUCUGAAAGACGGGUGCAAGGGUUCCUUAGUAGCUGCUGGCUCCAAGGGCUCCAGCCCCGCUUCCUCAACGUUGCUUGACGAGAGCGAGGAUCUCGUACGGAAGCUAUACAGGGGGCCUAUCAGAAAGGUUCAUACGGCUAUUGAUGUCUGCAAGAAGGAUGUUAGUGAAAUUGAGGCUAGGACAGAGACGGGAAGCAGCGAUGCAAUGUGUGAUACCUAUGAAGAUGAAAAUGCUGAUGCACUCAAGCGUGUUUUGGAAAAGUUUUGCACUAGCCUAGCAAGCGUUGCUAAAGAUUUACUCUAUUAG